GUUCGGGAAUAUGGCGAAUGUUUCCAGCAUUUUCUAGUUUUGGUCAUUUCUGGAUAAAAUCACCAAUAAAAAUCGCAAUGUCUCAAUUUCCACAAUAUCAGAAUAGUGCUAACACAUACGACAACGAACCAUUACCACCAGGCUGGGAAAUGUUUAUCGAUAGAGGCACUGGGUGGCCAUUUUUCGUGGAUCACAACAGCCGAACAACAAGUUGGCAAGAUCCAAGAAAAAGUCGAUCGCAAGGAGACUACAAUAAUCCAUAUGGUUCCACAUCAAUUCCAGUGCAGCACCAGGGAGGUGGAGGAUAUCAUCAACAUCAAUUUCCUCCAAGUCAACCCCCUAGUUCUUACCAGCAGCAGCCGCAGCAUCAGUACCAGUACGGGCAACCUCAACAAGCGCCACCAACCCGCCAAUCGACGCCACAGCAUCAAUAUCGCACACCACAAGGCAGUGUUGAUAUCCCCAUCUUGCGCGAGUCUGGACAUCCAAAUAGCGGGCAGAAUGCUAGACCUCAGCAUCCAGGGACCCAAUCACGUCCGAUGCCUCAACAGCAGGAUUCUCCUGUUCACCAGGGGAGCCGGGUGUAUCCUAAUCUCCAUCAAGCACAGCCUCCAAGGAGUUCACCACAAAAUCAAGGCGCUGCCCAAAAAACCUAUCAAGCAAGCCCAACGAUCAACAGGAAUGUUCAAGAUGUCCGCGGUGCCAAACCUGGAAACCAGUCACCAAGAACACCUCAGCGUAAUCCUAAUCUAGCGCCCCAAGAGCAAGGAAGUGCAAACAACAGUCGUGCCUCAACUCCAUCAAAAGAUAUGACACAGAUGGAGAAAAUCGACAUGAUCCGCAGUAACGUUGAAAAACUGCGCCGAGAUGUUGACGAGUACAUCGGCCCGAAAAGUGACAAAAACUUCAUAUACUUAGAAGAGAUGCUGACACGUAAUAUGCUCAAGUUGGACUUAAUUGAAUCGGAUGGAAACUCGGAUAUCAGAACGGCACGGAAAAAUGUAGUAAGGUCGGUCCAACAGGCUCUUGAUCAACUGGAACUGAAGGGAAUGACAUAUACGCCUCCCACUGAAAGUGAUGAGCUAGUUGGCAGUGAACGAUGUGAUGGAGCCCAGUUAGUCAACGAGCAAAAAGGUCAAGGUCAUAGUCUUCAAGAUACUGCUUCUAAUGACUAUGACAACACACAGAAUCGUGUCACUAAUUCGAAUGAACCUGGUGCUCCACCUCGUAAUGCAAAUGGAGGACCAUCUUCGGCUCCACCAGGUGACCACCAAGCACCACCAACCAAAGUUAAAGAAAUGGUACUUAAUAGUGAAGUCCCUUGUUGAAUAUAGCUAUGAAUAGCUGAUGUCAUUGUUAGGUUUGGCACUGUUUAAGGCCUGUGGAUGAAGUUGUAUGCAAACUGAAAGUGAAAGCAUUAAAAAUGCAUGAAGAGGGAAACUGAUUGCUUGGUUCCCUUGGUUCGUGCAUCCAUCCUCUUACAGUUUGUAUGAAAAUAAUCUUCAUCUACAGUCCUCAGAAAGUUGUCCUGCAUGUGAUUUGAUAGUAUAACAUAUUGUAGAUGGAACUUGUACUGUAAAAACAACUUUUUAAAAGCUCGUAACAAUAGGUUUUUAGGGCGAAUUUAAAACCCUGUGGAGUUGAGAGAGCUUUUUAUACAAAUUGGUGCUAGAAAGUGAGGGUAUAGAAUAGUCAGCUGGAAUGGAAAGUGUUUCAUGUCACAUUUUACAAACUUAAGUUGAGUACUAUCAUGAGUAAAGGCAGAAACUAGAGGCUCCGUAUUACAUGGAUGUGAACUUGGUUAAAUACUUAGUGUAACAAUGCACAGCCAAAUCACAAUUCACCAGUUUAAAGUGCAUGCUAACUGUCGAAAGCAAAUAUUACAUUGGUGAGUGUCAAAGUCUCUUGCCUGUAUGUGGACAUGCCAGAAUCAUGUUCAUUGUAAGUAUAUUGUAACACACCUCGGAGGGGUGGCAUUUAGGCAAACUUGGCUGAACAAUUAUUUGUUGAUUUGCCCGUUUCCUGCUUACAUGUGUGUAAUGAGUAGUAAUUCCUAUUGUCAGAUCACAUUCAAUUGAAAUGCCAUUCUUCUAGAUUUGCCCAAGUAUCCGAAAUGACUGUGUAGGACUGAAUGAACUUUAGCUCCGCGUCGUUACGACAUACACAACUAAAGUAGUGAGGGCAUUUUGUAGUGUAAGGUAGGGUGGUACAGUUAUAGCCUCCUCUACUGCUGUGUACUGCCAGUUGGUUUCUACACUGGUGUGCUGUAUUUGUAUCCCUUUACCUUAACCUCUAAAAAUGACAUGACGUCCUUUUGUUUUGCAUCUUGUGGUAAUACAUGUUGGGGAACAUUUUCGACUGCUACACCAGCCUAAGAUGUUUCCAUCUGAAUUGGUGAGAAACCUCUCAGUCAACCUUUCUUUUCAAUGCUUCAAGAUGGAACAGUAAACUAUGUGAGGCUCACUCCAUGCUCUUGUCCAUCCAAUAGCAAACACAUGAGUUUGACCUUUACGAGGGAGUGUCAACUUCUUUUUGGUGUCUGACAUCUGAUCCGUGGUAUUGGUUGAUUCCCACUCACACAAAGCAACCAUGGUAGCACUUAUGAUGAAAUCAGCUGUCUGUUGUUGUUUCCGUGGACACAAGUAGGCCUAGAAGUUCAUUUUAUGGUCUCCUGGAAUAUUUCUGUGGGCCUGCCCAGUUUACAUAUGUAUUACUUGUGUUAGACUCUGAAAGACACUCUAGUGUUCAUGUCGUGCUAAAAAGCACCGAUCCCGGUCGAGUUCAAAAUAUGUCUCGUGUUUACUUUUAUGAUAUCACAGGCAUUGGUUUGAAUUGUGAUGUAAAGUCUGCAUUGUCUCUGUCUUAAAGGAGGAGUAGGAAGAGUUACAGCUGGGCAGGCUCUGCAUAUAGUUACAUAUCUCUUGAUUGCCAGUGGAGCAGUACUUUCUGCCAAGUACGACAACUCCUCCUUUAAACGAACUGGUGAAUUGACUCCACCUCUUUAUGUUCAAAACAUGUCAUUUCUGCAGAUCUUGGGCCAUGUGUCCUUUAAUAAUUUCACUGUGAUGCCACCUAUUGUUCACAUGAUGUACUUCAAAUGUAAAUAGCUAGGAUUGAAUUAUGUAAAUAACAGUAAGUUAUUAAUAGAGUUAAAUUUUAUGUAAAUUCAAUUAUUAAUGAUUAAAGUCUGUGUUACAAUUGAAUUUAUAA